AUACUUAACUGAACAGGACAGUACAAUAAUUCGUUCAAGUCUAGAAGUAAAUGAAGACGAUGCAUAAGCUUUUAAUAUUUGCAUUAUUAGUCGUGGGUAGAGUGACUUGCUUAGAUAAUGGUCUAGCUCUGACACCUCCAAUGGGAUGGAUGAACUGGCAAAGAUAUCGUUGUGAAACUGAUUGUGUUAAGUAUCCAGAUGAAUGUGUUAGCGAGAAACUUUUUAUGACUAUGGCUGACAGAAUGGCUGCCGAUGGUUAUUUAGAAGCCGGAUAUAAUUAUAUUAUUGUUGAUGACUGCUGGAGUGCAAUGGAACGUGAUGAAGAAGAUCGUUUAGUGGGUGAUCCAAUUCGUUUUCCCAGCGGAAUGAAGGCAUUAGCAGAUUAUGUGCACAAUUUAGGCAUUAAAUUUGGUCUAUAUGGAGACUAUGGAACAUAUACAUGUGCUGGUUACCCUGGCAGCCUAAAUCAUUUGGAAUUAGACGCACAAACAUACGCAUCUUGGGGAGUAGAUUAUGUGAAACUUGAUGGAUGUUAUUCGGAUUCGGACACAAUGGAAGCCGGAUAUGCUGAAUAUGGUAGAUAUUUAAACGCCACCGGUCGACCAAUUGUUUUCUCGUGUAGUUGGCCAGCAUAUCAAGAAACCGCCGGAGAACACUCCAAUUAUGAAGCCUUAAAGAAAACUUGUAACUUAUGGAGAAAUUAUGGUGAUAUUCAAGAUUCUUGGUCUGUUGUUCAUGCCAUCACCGCGUGGUUUGUACAACAUCAAGACCGUUUAGCUCCGCACUCAGCCCCAGGGCAUUGGAACGAUCCUGAUAUGUUAAUUAUUGGCAAUUUUGGUCUAAGUCUGGAACAAAGCAGGGCCCAAAUGACAAUAUGGUGUCUAAUGGCAGCGCCAUUAAUUAUGUCCGUUGAUUUGGUCAAUAUUACACCGGCAAUGAAAGAUAUUCUCUUAAACAAGGAAGCGGUGGCAAUUAACCAGGACGCGUUAGGAAUUCAAGGCGAAGUGAUCAUAUAUACGAAUAGUAUUCAAGUAUGGCGUAAACCAAUUAUGUUCCAAGGUAGUGAUAAAGAAACAUCAUACGCCCUUGGUUUUAUUAGUUAUCGCGAUGAUGGGGUUAAAUAUGCAAUGGAGUACACCCUGGAAGAGCUAGGUUUAAAUAAUCCUAAUGGAUAUGACAUACUGGAUGUUUUUACUGGUAUGGAAUGGACUGCUACAAGUAAAAUCAAAGUGCGAGUUCCUCCGAGUGGUGCUGUUUUCUUGAAAGCAACUGUGAGAUGAACAAUACAAUGAGGUGCUAUUAAUCUGUUACUUUAAAAGUUCUUUUAAUACAUUGUUACUAUUUUUUUAUCGUAUACGCAAAAUAAAUAAAAACUAAUCAAACCAG